AUGGCGGACAUCGACGACGAUGUGCUCGUGAGCCUCGACGCCCUCACCAUCGCCGCCAUCGUACAAGGUCGCCUCGACGACAGCAACGAGAUCGCCUCUGGCUCCAAAGGCAAACAGCGCGAAGGCACUCUCACAGACGCACAACUCGCUCUUCAGCUUCACGAGGAAGACCUCAAUGCUUGCAACACUCUCCUCCAGGAUCGCAUGAUGGCGCAGAGCAUGUGCCUCGCCGUGCUUCAAGACGGCGCCCUCAUUGAUGAAGCUCUCAGAGAGGAGGAUCAGGCUGCAAGAGACCAUGCACUCGCUGCAACAAUGAAUGGUGGUCGGACCGUCCGCCUUGCCAUCGAAGCUGCGCCCAGUACCUCAUCUUGGAACGAUCCGGAACUCCUCGCCAAGGCGGCUGCCAUCUACAACGUCGAGCGUCCAGCGCAGAAGGCCAUCGCCGCCACGGCAUUCAAGGACGACGAUGACACUACUGUUGCCGAGUCGUCCACCUGGGCAGCCUCACGUGCUGCUUUCGACGAACCGGCGCCCAGCGAAUGUGCCGGCUGCGGCGACGAAAAGGAGUUCUUUGAACUUGCCCGUGUUCCUUGCAACCACGACUACUGCCGCCUGUGCUUGGAGUACUUAUUCGAGCUGUCGAUGAAAGAGGAGACUGCCUUUCCACCUCGCUGCUGCGUCACUCAGGAGAUCCCACUGUCAGCGGUGCGCAUCUUCCUCUCGCACGAUCUCGCGCAAGAAUUCGAUGCUCGGUACGAGGAGCUCUCUACCAAGGUUCGCACGUACUGUCACGAGCAAUCGUGUUCGGCCUUCAUUCCACCUGCAGACAUCAACGAGGAGACGGGAACGUGUCCGCAGUGCAAGAGAACGACUUGUACCAUUUGCAAAGACGCAUACCAUCUGGGUGAUUGUCCCAAAGACGAAUCACUGCAGCUCCUUCUUCAGGCGGCGGAUACAGCCCAAUGGCAGAGAUGCUUUCAGUGUGGCCGGAUGGUGGAUCUCACGAUCGGUUGCAACCACAUGACGUGUCACUGCGGCGGACAAUUCUGCUACGUUUGUGGCGCCCCGUGGAAGACUUGCGAAUGCCCACAGUGGGAGGAAGAACGUCUCAUCGUCCGAGCCAACGAGAUCGCGGCGCGCCAUCCCAACCGCAGACUCUACCAGCCAGGACAAGCUGCUCAGCCAGCCAAUGCUCCCGCCGCCAUCGCUGCUAUUGCGGAGCAUUUGCUGGCGAACCACGAGUGCGAUCAUGAUCAUUGGCGCGAACUGCUCGGCCCGCAUACAUGCGAGCAAUGCAGCGCUGAUAUGCCAAACUUCAUCUUCGAAUGCCGACAGUGCCACAUUACGAGGUGCUUGCGCUGCCGGGACGACUGA